AUGUCUUCACAAAAUCCUGUCCGCAAGUCGAUGACGGGUAAACAUCGUCUCGUGAUUGCAAAGCGCGCCGACUUUGUGCGCCAGAGAGCUGGCGGAAGUCUCUCCGUUCUCUCCCUCCUCUUUGGCAAGGGCACGGUCAUCUACCGCAUUUGGCCUGCAGUCUUCAUCCACACCGUUUUCUCGGCCAUUGUCGUCGCUAUCGACCUCUACUAUGUCAACAUUGGCGUCGGAACAAUCAUGCUCACCCUCAUUCCAAUGGUGCUGGGUUUCGUCGUCGCGCUCCGAGUGACUACAGGAUAUGACCGUUAUUGGAUGGGAAGAGUCGCUUGGUCCGAUGUCAUUCGCAAUACCAGGACGCUUGGCCGUUUGAUCUGGUACCACUGCCCGACCCGCCUAACCCCCAACCGUGAGAAUGUGCCACUCAAGGACAUUGAGCGUGCUUUGGAGGAGAAGAAGCUCGCUCUGGACCUCCUCGAGGCCUUUGCGUUUGCUCUCAAGCACCACAUCCGUGACGAGCCUGGACCUUAUUACGAGGACCUCAACCCUCUGCUCGCGGCGAUGGAACUGAGCCCGUAUCACACUCACCGUUUCCCGUCGUCUCCCCCUAUGGGCUCCCCUGCCGCUGCCGUGAACGGACUUCCUAGCAAUGGCGAUCAAUACGGCACCUUCCCCACCAGCAACGACCCACACGCUCCUCUCCUCCCGGCUACGCAGAGCAGGCGCACGCGUGGAUCUGUCUAUGUCGACCUCAUUCCCUUUGGUAGCUGGUGGACGGCUUUCAAGAGGCUCUUUAGCCGUCAACCUGCCGCCGGCACCCCUACUGCAGGUCCAGAGGGCACCAAUGCUGGAAAGCACGUCGUUUUGGCCGGUGGUGGAGGCAACAUCCCACUUGAGGUUCUUCGCACACUCAGUGAAUGGCUUUCCACUCUCGAAGAGCGCGGAACUGUCCCCGGAACCACUCUUGGCAGCAUGAUGGGCUUGGUUCAGGGUCUGGAAGACAGUCUGUGCUCUUUGGAGCGCAUUCUCACUACGCCUCUUCCUCUCGUCUAUACGGCUCACAUCCGACACACUGUUUGGAUCUUUUUGUUCACGCUUCCCUUCCAGCUUUGCAAUACUUUCGAAUGGAUCACUGUUCCCGGCGUUGCCGUCGCGUCGUUCCUCUACCUUGGUUUCGUCGCUGCCGGUGAAGAGAUUGAACAACCAUUUGGAUAUGAUCGCAACGAUCUCGACCUCGACUUCUUCUGCAAUGAGAUUAUCCACGUUGAGCUCGAUGACUUGCGCCGCGCUCAGGUUCCCAACAGCUACCUCUCGCUCCCCGGUGCCGUUCAACCCACCUCUACAUAUGGAAGAGGCGCCAUUGUCGAUGCCGCGACGCAAGAGGCCGAGCAGGACGUCAAGGACUUUAACCCGGCCGAGCCACUUGCUGGUGUUCCUUCGGGCAGCUAUUAA